AUGGCAUUCAAAACCUGGCUUGUCGCUGGUGCAUCCUCCAGUUCAGAGCCACAAUCGCAGAGGCAGUCCUCCAAGCCGAUCUCAGACCUCGGCAUCUGGAUUGAGCUUGAUGUGACGAGCUCUGGCACCACGAAAGCGGUGGAAUUUGCGGCCAAUGAGUCUGGUGGUGUUGUUGAUGUGGUUGUUAAUAAAGCCGGGUAUUCGUUGCUAGGCAGUAUCGGAGAUAUGAACGAGGCCGAAAUCGAGGCUCAAUUUAACACGAAUAUUUACGGUCCUGUUCGUGUGUUGAAGGGUGUUCUUCCUUUCGUGCGGGCGAGGAAGUCUGGCACUGUUGUCAAGAUUAGUAGCAGUGCCGGGGUUGAUGGACUGCCCGCAUGCGCGAUGUACUCCAGGACGAAGCUUGCUCUUGAAGAUGAGUGUUGCUCCAUAGACGCCUUUGUCCUAAGAUACAAAUAUAUUUAG